AUGGUGGUAAUGAGAGGAGAGGUAGUGACACUACAGGUGGAGCAGUUACUGAACGAGAACGAAUACGGUGAUACAAUCCGUAAACUAAAACGGGGUGCACAGGUGAGUCCGUAUUGGACAGAAAAUGAUAAACUUUGGAUGACGAGUACUGACGACAAAGUUCAGGCUGUCGUGUCUCAAGCACAUGAUUCAGGAAGCGCAUAG